CUGGAUCUCGGCGCUGGAAGUGGUAUUAUCUGCCGACGGUUUGCCAAAAAAGGCGCGCAAGUGGUCGGCCUCGACUUCUCGGAAGCCAUGCUAGAUAUUGGCCGCGAACUCAGCAGACAGCAGAACCUGGACCAUUUGGUGGAGUUUGGCACUGUGGACCUUACAGAUGUUCGAAACAUGAAUUCAUUUAUGGAGAAGCGCAAAAGACGCAUGCGAGCUGAUGGGUUUGUCCCCAAAUUCGACAUUAUCACUAUCAGCACCACUCUGAAGUCACUUUCAAGCUUGGAAGCUCUCGCCAAGAUGCUUCCAUACAUGCUCAAGCCUAAUGGGCGCAUUGUGAUCGUCGAUCUUCAUCCAGCCUUCUCAAAGCCCGCCGGUCAUCGAGGAAUGGAGAUAUUCGAAGACCCGAAAACCGGCAGGCAGCAGCUAAGCACAUAUAUCAAAGUGCCCAAAUAUCUCAAUAUUCCACCAACCAUGAGCGAAGCUGUGCGAGGACAACCGGAGCCAUUGUGGGUAUUCCAUAGACCGUUGUGGGCACUUAUGGAACCCUUCUUCCGCUGUGGCUUGGUGCUGGAUGGCAUUCGUGAGCCAGCUUUCGAGGGAGACCCGAUUCCCUCCCAGGCUCAAUCAUAUCACAACUUCCAGCAAACGCCGAUGCUUUUAGCAUACAGACUUCGACACUGCGCGCCCCGAACUUGA